ACUCAGCAAAAUCUCAUAAAAACACGAGAUUUUUCAUUCAAGAGGUUUUCUUGGUAAUUUAACCGAUAUUUGUGCUUUACUUUGCUAAAAAAUGUCAAUAUUUACCCCUACAAAUCAAGUUAAGCUAACAAACGUGGCCGUAGUUCGGCUGAAGAAGUGUGGCAAGCGUUUUGAGAUCGCUUGCUACAAGAACAAGGUCAUGUCUUGGAGAAAUAAAGUAGAAAAAGAUAUUGAUGAAGUUUUACAGACACACACCGUUUUUACUAAUGUUUCAAAGGGUCAAGUUGCAAAGAAAGAAGAUCUUGUUAAGGCUUUUGGGACAGAAGACCAAACAGAAAUAUGCACAAAGAUUUUGGCCAAAGGAGAGUUGCAAGUUUCUGAGAAGGAAAGAAGUCAACAGCUAGAGUCAGCGUUCAGAGAUAUUGCAACAAUAGUCGCUGAUAAGUGUGUUAACCCUGAAUCCAAAAGGCCUUAUCCAGUUGGUGUAAUAGAACGUGCAAUGAAAGAUAUCCAUUAUUCUGUCAUCCCAACACGCAGCACAAAACAACAGGCCCUGGAAGUGAUACGACAGCUCAAAGAAACCAUGCAAAUAGAAAGAGCUCAAAUGAGAUUAAGACUUGUUCUACCCGCAAAAGAUGCCAAAAAGGUCCAAGAAAAACUGAAAUCAUUGUUGAGUUCCAUCGAGUCAGAGGAAUGGGAUACUGAUUUGGAGAUGGUUUGUCUCGUGGACCCCGGGUGUUACCGUGAAAUUGACGAGAUUCUCCGAGUAGAAACAAGGGGACGAGGUGCUGUAGAAAUGUUGAGUUUAAAAGAUGUUGAAGCAGAGGAUAAACAAAUCGAAUAAAUUUGCAUUUGAAACAUG